AUGAAGAGCUCGGGAGUCCCUCCUGCAUCAUGGAAGAUGAUUCCAACCCCCCGAGGAAACAACAAACCCAUCCGCCGUCCCAUGACCUCCCCUAGUAAGGAUGGGCCCAGGAAGUCAAUCCUUACCGAAGUCAAUGAGGGGACGGGCAUAGAAAAGGCCCAGAUUCAGCCCCAGGAAUUUCAAGGCAUUUCGGGCCAACUUCGAUUCGAUCUCGAGCAUCGGCCAGGCGAUCAGUACAAGCCCGGGAUGAUUCAGAUCUUUGCACAGAACUGGUGGACCAAACGAGAGUAUCGUGCCGUCUAUGGCGAUGCUGACGCCAUUCGGAUAGUGAGAAAACCGUUGAGAUUCGUGUACCAGCUCCUUACCAAAGCGCUGUCCGGGGAAAGCAAAUCAGCGUCUGUGAGCUGCUCUCUGGUUGGCAACACUGGCAUCGACCUGGCGCUCCUUGUCUCUGUGAUCGUACGGAGCGAGUUCGAUGAGAGCACCUAUGACUUCAAACUCCCCGACGUGACGACAGUAGCGGACGGAAGUCGUUUGCAGGACAUGAUUCUUGACUUGAGACAAGACCACAUGAGAGUCACCGAAAGGGCGUCAGCUCUAGAGGCCAUCAACGCCGAGCUGACAGAGAGGAACACGUCUCUCGAAGCUCGCGUCCUCCAGCUCGAACGGCAGGUAUCAAUUCUACUGGGCGACCAUGAGCAGCAUAUGCUCAACUUGCAGAACGGCUUCAAAGCGACAAACGAGCCGGUCUACGGCCCUGUGUUCGCCAGGCGUGAAGGACGUCGCUGCCUCUUCAACGGGCUAGUCACAGGAAGUUCACCAAGAGGAGACCAUGAGGGAGCUUUGAUGCUCACACUGCCCGACAGCUUGUGGCCUCCCUACCGCUUGAUUUUCAACGGAAGCUAUUGCACGGCAGAGGGUCACUUCUGUCAGUACUCGAUCCACGUCUGCCGGAACGGACAGGUCAGGGCCCUCACAUACGGAAAGAUCAUGUCGAUGAACCUCAACGCCAUCGACUUCUGGAUAGAUUAA